AUGUUGAGCUCCUAUCAACAUGUCGUACGCACUCUCUCAGCACGCCUUUGUCGAACAGAUUGGAUACUAUUGUCCCACCUAAUUGAGAAAAAUACUAUAACAUUCUGUGUUCAGGAAUCAGACCUUCCCCUCAGGUAUGCUGGCAUAUCAACGUGUUUCCGUCAAGAAGUUGGUAGCCAUGGAAGAGACACUAGAGGAAUCUUUCGGCAAGUCUUUGCUUAUCUUAUCGUUUCUAUGCAAAUUCAUAAGCUUUGGUUAAUCCCGUUUAAAAAAAUGAGAGCUUUUUCAAAUGCUCACAUUACAGAAUCUGACCAUAAAUUUUCAGGGUGCACCAAUUUGAGAAAGUUGAGCAAUUUGUUAUCUGUUCGCCCAACGAUAAUGAAUCGUGGCAUGAUCGGGAAUGCUGAAGAGUACUGUCAGCUGCUCGGCAUUCCUUAUCGUAUUGUAUGCAUUGUCUCCGGCGAGCUUAAUAAUGCCGCUUCAAAAAAACUCGAUCUUGAAGCUUGGUUCCCAGGAUCAAGUGCCUUCAGAGAGCUUGUAUCUUGUUCAAAUUGUUUGGAUUAUCAAGCUCGUAGGCUGAAGGUCCGUUAUGGAAUGACUAAGAAAAUGGAUGGAGAAGUGAGUUUUUACUUAAUAGAUCUCCUCUGAAA